UGUUCAACUUUUUACUUUAUUUUUCAUCAAUUUGGGGGUUUUGAGGUAUUAAAGCCAAAUCCAACAUAAAAAAGAACAAAUCUUGAAUAUAUUAUUUCAAAGAUUUAUUAUUCACAAAUUAAAGAUGCCCUUAGAAGGGGUUUUUGUUCAACCAACUAAUAAUUCUACUUCAAAGCAAAUCCCUGAUCUUUCUCUUCAUAUUAGCCUUCCAAAUAAUAGUAAUAAUUCCUUACACACAUCAUCAUCAUCAACAACAACAACAACAAAUAAUUGUCUCACUGAGCUUUCUUUAGCUCAUCCCACUACUACUACUACUAAUGAAGAAAAUAGGAGUUUUUCAAGAAACCCUUUUCUCCAACAAAGCUAUAUGAUAAAUCAUCAACCAAUUAGUAGCCAAAUGAAUAAUCAUGGGGUUUCUUUAUUAGACCCUAUAAAGGGUAUACCAAUAUAUCAUCAAGAUUCAUUUUCUAAUUUCUUGGAGAAAGAUCCAAAGAGAUCAUUUGGAUCCCUUUAUUCAACACCUUAUUAUAAUUUGGAUCAUUUAUCAUUCUUGAAUUGUGGUACAGCAAAUGCUUCUUCUCCUUAUGGGAUACCUAUGGUGGCUAAUAGAUUUCAACAACAUCAACAUAGCCAAUAUUCUAAUGGAGUGGGAUCAUUAGGGCCAACUACUUCUUCUCAUGACAAUAGUUUGAUGAUGAGAUCAAGAUUUCUACCAAAAUUUUCAUCUAAAAGGAGCAUGAGGGCACCGCGAAUGCGAUGGACAACUUCACUUCAUGCUAGAUUUGUUCAUGCUGUUGAGCUUCUUGGUGGCCAUGAAAGGGCUACUCCAAAAUCAGUCCUGGAGCUAAUGGAUGUCAAAGAUCUCACUCUAGCUCAUGUCAAAAGUCAUUUGCAGAUGUAUCGCACUGUUAAAACCACUGACAAACCUGCAGCUUCCUCAGGGCAAUCAGAUGGAUCAGGUGAAGAAGAUCUGUUAGCUAUAGACAGGAUUUUGGAUCAAAGAGGUCCAUCUGAUGGAUGUGAUGAUCCUUCUACUACUCUUUGGAGUAACUCUUCAAGCAGUAGAGAAAGAUUGUCACAAGCUAACUUCAAUGAAUCGAAUGGACUCAUCAGAUCAUCCUCUUCCCCAUCUCAACAAAGAUUCGGCCACCAUAUAGAGGAAUGUGAAUAUUCAAGACCAAUGAGUUAUGUCGGUUGCAGUUUGGAUCAGAAAAACCCUAGCUUGGAGUUCACAUUAGGAAGAUCAGAUUGGGUAGAAAUUAAGAACCAUGAAUAAGUUUUGGGCUUCAAUAUAUUAUUAAUUUUGUCUUUUUUGUUUUUGGCUUAAGCUGAUUCUUCUUAAAAAUAUAUAUAUUUUUUAUUUUUUUUGUAAUUUGAGAUGAAAGGGAUGUGACAUCAAGAUUGGAAUAUUAUCUACUUACCCCAACCCCCCCCCCCCCCCCCCAAAAAAAAAAAAGGAAUGUUUUUCAUUAGCUAGCAUGGCUAAGUUCACAAUCUCCCAUGCAUAUAUAUAUAUAUAACCUAAGUUGUGACCUACCUAUAUAUACGGCCUAAUUUUAUUUUUCUUGACUUUUUUGAUUUGACUCCUUUUUUUUUGUUUCAUUUUUUGUUGUUUCAUUUGAGUUAUUGGGUUGUGUAUGAGUAUGUAAUCUAAAAGUUGUUGGAGGAUUGUAUUGAAUGGAGCUUGAGGCA